GUGCUCUGACCACGUUUUGCUCCGGACGAGGAUGAGGCAGAGAGAGAGAGAGUUCUGGCCGGCCGAGAUAUGGCGACCUCGUUUUGAGGACAUCGUGAGACCCAACCACGACAAGCGAUGACCUCAUCCACCCCUCCUGACGCUGGCGACUCCAGCAACUUUCGGCGACCUAGGCAUUUCGAGAGGACAACGAGCAGGAGAUCCGGACAAGAGUAGACGCUGGAAACUUCGGGUGGCGCCGAUCCAAGAACCCCCGAGUGUGUCUUUUUUGCAAAGACCAAUCACAAUUGUCCGUUUUCGUGUACGGUGAGGUUUUGGGGCUGCCAUGGCUAGGCUAGAGCUUCCACUUCCGGUGGUGGUAUUCGUGUCUGGGACCAGCAAGAAGAACUGGAGCAGCAGCCCAUUCGCGCAUCGUUGGUCUUCAGUCGCGAGAACCGGCCUAAGAUGUGGAGGCCCAACAACCUCGCCAAGAGAGCGGACUAGCCGAUUCCACUCGCCCUUUUCCAAGCAGCGGCAUAGUUGUUGCUGAAGAAUUGUAUUUUCAUUAAUUAAUUAUGUGGGGAGUACAUGUAUAUAUACAAAAGUCUCAAUCCUAGUUAUGAGGGCAAAAGCAUAGACAACUGUCUCUAACCAAAUCUAACUAUCCUCCAGUUGCUUAAUAAUUCAAUCCUAUCAUUGUUGCAAGCCUCAUCAACUUCCGCUGGAGGUCUUUCCGCAACACAAUUUUUCUCUCUCAUGACAUGAUGACUUACACACUCUCACUACAAGAAAACGCAAAAAGAAUG